AUGGCACAAGUCGAUGGAGUUAAACAAGAUUGGGUGCUGCAGCUGACAACUGUUACUGUGGAGAUGGCACAAGUCGAUGGAGUUGAACAAGAUUGGGUGCUGCAGCUGACAACUGUUACUGUGGAGAUGGCACAAGUCGAUGGAGUUGAACAAGAUUGGGUGCUGCAGCUGACAACUGUUACUGUGGAGAUGGCACAAGUCGAUGGAGUUGAACAAGAUUGGGUGCUGCAGCUGACAACUGUUACUGUAGAGAUGGCACAAGUCGAUGGAGUUGAACAAGAUUGGGUGCUGCAGCUGACAACUGUUACUGUGGAGAUGGCACAAGUCGAUGGAGUUGAACAAGAUUGGGUGCUGCAGCUGACAACUGUUACUGUGGAGAUGGCACAAGUCGAUGGAGUUGAACAAGAUUGGGUGCUGCAGCUGACAACUGUUACUGUGGAGAUGGCACAAGUCGAUGGAGUUGAACAAGAUGGGGUGCUGCAGCUGACAACUGUUACUGUAGAGAUGGCACAAGUCGAUGGAGUUGAACAAGAUUGGGUGCUGCAGCUGACAACUGUUACUGUGGAGAUGGCACAAGUCGAUGGAGUUGAACAAGAUUGGGUGCUGCAGCUGACAACUGUUACUGUGGAGAUGGCACAAGUCGAUGGAGUUGAACAAGAUUGGGUGCUGCAGCUGACAACUGUUACUGUGGAGAUGGCACAAGUCGAUGGAGUUGAACAAGAUUGGGUGCUGCAGCUGACAACUGUUACUGUGGAGAUGGCACAAGUCGAUGGAGUUGAACAAGAUUGGGUGCUGCAGCUGACAACUGUUACUGUGGAGAUGGCACAAGUCGAUGGAGUUGAACAAGAUUGGGUGCUGCAGCUGACAACUGUUACUGUGGAGAUGGCACAAGUCGAUGGAGUUAAACAAGAUUGGGUGCUGCAGCUGACAACUGUUACUGUGGAGAUGGCACAAGUCGAUGGAGUUGAACAAGAUUGGGUGCUGCAGCUGACAACUGUUACUGUGGAGAUGGCACAAGUCGAUGGAGUUGAACAAGAUUGGGUGCUGCAGCUGACAACUGUUACUGUAGAGAUGGCACAAGUCGAUGGAGUUAAACAAGAUUGGGUGCUGCAGCUGACAACUGUUACUGUGGAGAUGGCACAAGUCGAUGGAGUUGAACAAGAUUGGGUGCUGCAGCUGACAACUGUUACUGUGGAGAUGGCACAAGUCGAUGGAGUUGAACAAGAUUGGGUGCUGCAGCUGACAACUGUUACUGUAGAGAUGGCACAAGUCGAUGGAGUUAAACAAGAUUGGGUGCUGCAGCUGACAACUGUUACUGUGGAGAUGGCACAAGUCGAUGGAGUUGAACAAGAUUGGGUGCUGCAGCUGACAACUGUUACUGUGGAGAUGGCACAAGUCGAUGGAGUUGAACAAGAUUGGGUGCUGCAGCUGACAACUGUUACUGUGGAGAUGGCACAAGUCGAUGGAGUUGAACAAGAUUGGGUGCUGCAGCUGACAACUGUUACUGUGGAGAUGGCACAAGUCGAUGGAGUUGAACAAGAUUGGGUGCUGCAGCUGACAACUGUUACUGUAGAGAUGGCACAAGUCGAUGGAGUUGAACAAGAUUGGGUGCUGCAGCUGACAACUGUUACUGUGGAGAUGGCACAAGUCGAUGGAGUUGAACAAGAUUGGGUGCUGCAGCUGACAACUGUUACUGUGGAGAUGGCACAAGUCGAUGGAGUUGAACAAGAUUGGGUGCUGCAGCUGACAACUGUUACUGUGGAGAUGGCACAAGUCGAUGGAGUUGAACAAGAUGGGGUGCUGCAGCUGACAACUGUUACUGUAGAGAUGGCACAAGUCGAUGGAGUUGAACAAGAUUGGGUGCUGCAGCUGACAACUGUUACUGUGGAGAUGGCACAAGUCGAUGGAGUUGAACAAGAUUGGGUGCUGCAGCUGACAACUGUUACUGUGGAGAUGGCACAAGUCGAUGGAGUUGAACAAGAUUGGGUGCUGCAGCUGACAACUGUUACUGUGGAGAUGGCACAAGUCGAUGGAGUUGAACAAGAUUGGGUGCUGCAGCUGACAACUGUUACUGUGGAGAUGGCACAAGUCGAUGGAGUUGAACAAGAUUGGGUGCUGCAGCUGACAACUGUUACUGUGGAGAUGGCACAAGUCGAUGGAGUUGAACAAGAUUGGGUGCUGCAGCUGACAACUGUUACUGUGGAGAUGGCACAAGUCGAUGGAGUUAAACAAGAUUGGGUGCUGCAGCUGACAACUGUUACUGUGGAGAUGGCACAAGUCGAUGGAGUUGAACAAGAUUGGGUGCUGCAGCUGACAACUGUUACUGUGGAGAUGGCACAAGUCGAUGGAGUUGAACAAGAUUGGGUGCUGCAGCUGACAACUGUUACUGUAGAGAUGGCACAAGUCGAUGGAGUUAAACAAGAUUGGGUGCUGCAGCUGACAACUGUUACUGUGGAGAUGGCACAAGUCGAUGGAGUUGAACAAGAUUGGGUGCUGCAGCUGACAACUGUUACUGUGGAGAUGGCACAAGUCGAUGGAGUUGAACAAGAUUGGGUGCUGCAGCUGGCAACUGUUACUGUGGAGAUGGCACAAGUCGAUGGAGUUGAACAAGAUUGGGUGCUGCAGAUGGCAACUGUUACUGUAGAGAUGGCACAAGUCGAUGGAGUUGAACAAGAUUGGGUGCUGCAGCUGACAACUGUUACUGUGGAGAUGGCACAAGUCGAUGGAGUUAAACAAGAUUGGGUGCUGCAGCUGACAACUGUUACUGUAGAGAUGGCACAAGUCGAUGGAGUUGAACAAGAUUGGGUGCUGCAGCUGGCAACUGUUACUGUGGAGAUGGCACAAGUCGAUGGAGUUAAACAAGAUUGGGUGCUGCAGCUGGCAACUGUUACUGUGGAGAUGGCACAAGUCGAUGGAGUUGAACAAGAUUGGGUGCUGCAGCUGACAACUGUUACUGUGGAGAUGGCACAAGUCGAUGGAGUUGAACAAGAUGGGGUGCUGCAGCUGACAACUGUUACUGUGGAGAUGGCACAAGUCGAUGGAGUUGAACAAGAUUGGGUGCUGCAGCUGACAACUGUUACUGUGGAGAUGGCACAAGUCGAUGGAGAUGUAGAGAUUCACCACAUUUUGAUAGAGCUAAUCUUUCCUUGUCACUCUGCCAUCCUCAAUCUUAAGGCUCUUAUUAUAUCCAAUCUCAUUUCUUUAUUCCUUGAUCUAGUGAUGUUACAACCAUUUGAAUAUGACCCCAAGGAGAAGGCUAAACACAAGUUCAUGGUGCAGACAAUGUUUGCUCCAGACAACAUCACUGACCAGGAAAAUUUGUGGAGAGAAGCUGAUGCUAACACUUUAAUGGAUUCCAAACUCAAGUGUGUGUUUGAGCUGCCAGCAGAUAAUGCCCCUGGAACAGAAAGUAUUGUGGUCCCUAGUAGUGAGUCACCCGGCGUGAAGGCCAGCCCUGGCCAGUUAGAUACCCCAGUGACGGAGACAAGCCAGCCACUCCCAACAAUGCAGUCCAGGUCCAGCUCGCAGCCAGAGGAAGGAGAGACACCAAAAGCUGCACCGGUGUCUGAGGAUAGAAAUAGUGCAGCUGAGUUACUAAAACUGAAGGAACAGAAUGCCAGAUUACAGGCAGAGACCGUACGACUGCGAAAGAAUUUGACAGUUAAAGAAGCAGAAUUAAGGCACAAGCCCAGCCCAUCCGAGAGCCAAGCGGAUGCCCAGAUGCUCCCCCUUCCCCUCCUCUACUUGGUUCUUGCACUUAUUAUUGGUGUCAUUGUUGGAAGGUUCAUUAUGUAA